UUUUCUUCUAUGGGAUCAUCUUAUUUUCGGCAACAUCGCAGUGCUUAUUGUGAUUAUAAUUUCUCAAAUUCAUCUGAUUCACCAAUAUUUAAAAUUUGCUUUAUAAUCAAUUGAUUUCAUCAUUGAUAGUAAUGAACAAAGAUAUGUACCAAAUGUCAAAAGUAAGGUAACCCCAACGUACAAGACGUAUUCUAUCAAAAGCCGAUUGGAAACCUAAGAAAAUUCGUUACAUUAUACAUUCAUCAACGAUUAUUUUCCAAAUAAUAGAAGCAUUAUUAUGAUGAGUAUCUGAAAACACAUAAUUUCUGAAUAAUUUGAAUCUACUCUGUUUUCUGUCUAUUUAAUUGUGAUUUUCCAAGACAUUUCUACUCAGAAAAAAAACACUUCGACAUGGCUAGCGUAUCAUAUCAAAUAGCCAACCUGUUGGAAAAGAUGCAGUCCAACGACAAAGAUUUUCGCUUUAUGGCAACAAAUGAUCUGAUGUCAGAACUGCAAAAGGACAGUAUCAAAUUAGAUGAUGAUUCUGAAAGAAAGGUUGUGCGAAUGCUACUUAAAUUAUUAGAAGAUAAGAAUGGUGAGGUCCAAAACCUAGCUGUUAAAUGUCUGGGUCCUUUGGUGAACAAAGUUAAAGAAGUACAGGUUGAAUCGAUUGUUGAGACUUUGUGUACGAAUAUGAUAUCUGAUAAGGAACAAUUGCGUGAUAUAUCUAGUAUUGGACUUAAGACAGUCAUCGCUGAACUCCCACAAGCUACAGGAGGUCUAUCUGGGAAUAUAUGUAGAAAAAUAACUGGGCGAUUAACUACUGCCAUUGAAAGAGAAGAUGUGUCUGUCCAGUUGGAGGCGCUUGAUAUAAUUUCAGAUUUGUUGUUUCGUUUUGGAACUGUACUUCAAAGCUUCCAUGGUAUGAUAUUAACAGCACUUUUACCCCAACUGAGCUCACAGAGACAGGCCAUUAGAAAACGUACCAUAACUGCUUGCAGUAAUCUCGUUCCUUCAUGUAAUCCAGCUCUCUAUAAUAAGAUAAUUGAGUAUCUUUACAAUGGCCUCUGUUCUGAUGUACCAAGCUCUCAGAUGAGAACAUAUGUCCAGUGUGUUGCCGCGGUUUGUCGACAAUCUGGUCAAAAGUUCGGAGAAUUCAUACCAAAAUUCGUUCCCCUAAUUUUGAGGUGCAGCGAAGUGGAUGACGAUGAGCUUAGGGAGUUUUCACUACAGGCGUUUGAAAGUUUCGUCACAAGAUGCCCCAAAGAAAUUACAGAACAUAUACCAAACAUCAUAGAUCUAUCCUUAAGAUAUAUGACUUACGAUCCUAACUACAAUUACGAUGAAGACGAAGUUAACAUGGAAGACAUGGAAGGCUGUGAGGACGAAGACGAUGCCGAAGACAAUGACGAGUACAGCGAUGAUGACGAUAUGAGCUGGAAAGUUAGGAGAUCUGCCGCUAAAUGUCUUGAGUCCGUGAUCUCCACCAGACAUGAUCUACUGUCAGAUUUUUAUGUAAGCUUAUCACCAGCUCUUAUUGGAAGGUUUAAGGAGAGGGAGGAGAAUGUUAAGUCAGACAUCUUCCACGCUUACAUAGCGCUCUUAAAACAAACUAAAUCCACUAUAAAUCACAAUGUUGACCCUGACUCGAUGGAGCAAGAAGAGGUUCCUCUGUUCUUGCUACAGAAACAGGUGCCACUGCUUGUGAAGGGUCUCCAGAAUCAGAUGAAGGAAAAGAGCAUGAAGACUCGUCAAGACUGUUUUCAUCUUCUGAAGGAGCUGUGCAACGCUCUACCUGGUGCACUAGCCCAACAUAUCGGUGACAUUAUCCCUGGUUUGCUGUAUUCUCUUGGCGAGAAAAACGUCAGUAGCAACAUGAAGAUCGAGGCUCUUUCCUUCAUCCACACCCUUCUCACCUCCCAUCAUCCGGAAGCCUUCCACCCUUACAUUAACGUAUUGUUACCCCCCAUCAUAAACGCUGUCGGCGACAGCUUUUACAAGAUCACAGCGGAGGCCCUCAACGUUCUGCAGGAACUGGUGAAGGUCAUCCGCCCCCUUAACAUGAAAUCCCAAUUCGAUUAUGAACCGUAUGUCCCACAAAUUUAUCAGUGCACGUUAGUGAGGUUGAAGGCCGCAGACAUUGAUCAAGAGGUCAAAGAAAAGGCUAUCUCCACCAUGGGCCAGAUAAUUUGCAACUUCGGGGAUGAGCUGCAGCAUGAGUUACCCACCUGUCUACCUAUCUACAUCGACAGAUUGAAGAACGAGAUAACGAGGCUGACUUGCGUGAAGGCUCUCACGAAGAUCGCUGGGUCUCCUUUGGAAAUAGAAUUGCCCAUAUUGGGCGAGGGUAUACCGAUCCUAGCGUCGUUCCUGAGGAAGAACCAGAGGGCGCUCAAACUCGGCUCGUUGCAGUUGCUGAACGUUCUGUUCAUCAAGUAUCAAAAGUGUGUGUAUGUAGAUAUGAUAGAGUGUGUUAUAGUGGAACUUCCACCUUUGUUAGACGAGGCUGACCUACACAUAGCUCAGUGGACUUUGGUCAUUUUGAAAUCCAUAGCGGAGCACUACCCUGCCGCCCUGAAAGAUAUCAACAAUACCAUUCUGCCACAGAUAAUGAAGCUGGUGAAGUCGCCGUUGCUUCAGGGCUCGGCCCUGAACGCCCUCCUAGACUUUUUCCGCGCCCUAGUCAAGUGUAACCUCCCAGAACUGACGUUCAACCAUCUGAUCCAAAAAUUCGUCGAGCCGAUCACCAAGAGAACGCCGUGUCACCUCCACAAACAGGCGUUUUAUUCGUUGGCCAAGUGCGUGGCCGCCAUAACUGUCACUUGUCAGUCGCACGCCCUACCCAUAGUGCCGCAGUUUAUCCAAGAGAUCCAGAAGGCUGAGAACGACACCCAGCAAAUAUUCGCUUUGUUGGUGGUCGGUGAGAUCGGAAGGGAGAUCGACCUAACCCCAAUGUCCAAUCUGAAACCUGUGAUAUUACAAUCUUUCUCCGCGGUCUCCGAGGAGGUUAAAUCGGCAGCAAGCUACGCGCUGGGUAGCAUUUCCAUCGGUAACCUAGAACAGUAUUUACCCUUCAUACUGAAGGAGAGCGAGGAACAGCCGAAAAGGCAGUAUCUUUUACUGCAUUCGUUGAAAGAAGUGAUCACCUGUUUGUCCGCCACGCCGGCGGGCGUUCAACAGCUUCUUCCGUUCGUACCAGCGAUCUGGACGCAGCUGUACCGCCAUUGUGAAUGCACCGAAGAGGGUACGAGGAACGUAGUUGCUGAAUGUCUGGGUAAAUUAACCCUGAUCGACCCAGCUAACCUCCUACCCCAACUGAAGGCUUCGUUGAAGUCAGAAUCUCCCUUCAUGAGAACGACGGUUGUGACCGCCAUCAAGUUUACCAUAUCCGAUCAGCCUUCAGCCAUUGAUCCCCUACUUCGUCAGUGCAUAGCGGAGUUCCUGAACGCCUUGGAAGACCCAGAUUUGAACGUGAGACGCGUGGCGUUGGUGGCGUUCAACUCGGCCGCCCACAACAAGCCGUCUCUGAUUAGGGACCUCCUGAACCAGGUGUUACCGCAGCUCUACAUCGAGACCAAAGUGAGAAAAGAACUGAUCAGGGAAGUGGAGAUGGGGCCGUUCAAGCAUACCGUAGACGACGGUUUGGACAUACGAAAAGCAGCCUUCGAAUGUAUGUACACAAUCCUGGAUUCUUGCCUGGAUAGAAUCGACAUAUUCGAUUUCAUCGAUAACGUGGAGGGAGGUCUGAAAGAUCAUUACGACAUCAAGAUGUUGACUUAUCUGAUGGUCGCGAGGUUGGCUCAGAUAUGCCCAGGGGCCGUUUUGCAACGUUUAGAUAGGUUAGUAGAGCCCUUGAGGGCUACAUGCACCAUGAAAGUUAAGGCGAACUCCGUUAAGCAAGAGUACGAAAAACAAGAUGAACUGAAGAGGUCUGCCCUGAGGGCCGUGCACGCCUUGCUGAGCAUCCCCGACGCGGACAAGAACCCCCAGCUGCAGGACUUCGUGAAUCAAAUCAAGAAUUCGUCAGAGCUAGAUACCAUAUUUGAAUCGGUCAAGAAAGACUCUUCGUCUUCUAAUCAUAAUGAAUGUGUUAUGAUGGAUCAGAGUUAAAUGUAUUUGUAAUAGAAUUUGUGCUUUAUUCAGUUAUGAAUAGAAGUAAUGUGAGUUGAUAACGUAUUCGAUAAUGAUCAAUAAAUUUUAAGGUUAUAUUUUAA